AUGUAUAAGAACAGAGAGUCGACCCACGUGGUGGUUCUCCGGCUGAUGGUGCAGGACGGAGGCCUCAGGGUGUUGUUGCAGCAGGGGGGGCUGCGCAACGCCCCCUGCCUGCUGAAGACGUUUUUGGGGAUCCUGGUCGCCGUCCUGCUCCUGCAGAUCGCUGCGGGAGUCGUGGGAUACCUCUUCACCGACGUGGUGAUGGAGAGGACGGAGAAGCUGAUGAUGAAGGCCAUCGUCCGCUACAGGGAGGACCAGGACCUGGAGAACGCCAUCGACUUCGUCCAGAAGAAGUUUCAGUGCUGCGGGGUUGAGAACUACAAGGACUGGUCCAACAACGUCUACUUCGAAUGUUCAGACACCAACCCCAGUCUGGAGGCCUGUGGGGUUCCCUUCUCCUGCUGCGUUCGCCAGCAGAACCAGACGGUGCUGAACACCAUGUGUGGUUAUGGGAAGCAGAAGCAGAAGCCGGAGGCGCGUCACGGCGUUCAGGGCAUCUUUCCCUUCGGCUGCCUGGAGAAGAUCGUCUGGUGGGUUCAAAACCACCUGGUGCUGGUGGCCGGGCUGACCGGGGGCCUGCUGCUGCUCGAGGUCUGCAUGAUCAGCCUGGCGGGCGCCCAGGUCUGCUGGAUCAACCGAGUCCAGCACCUGAAGAGCCAGCCCAGGACCAGGAGGUCAGAGAGGAAGGACAGCUACUGGUUCCCCGCCUUCAAGGACUUCAGCGACGACGGCAGCCUGUCGGGAAAUACCUAACGUUGUGAUAUUUAUACACAUCUGGGG